CGUGACGUCACGCACGUACCUGAGUUUCGGUGAGGAGAGUAGCGGGGAAGGGCCGAGCCGGAGCGAACAACAACAGCUCUUCCAAAUCCUCCAACAAUCAUUUGUUGUUAUUCGCACCUGUCUUAGUCCCAGCUAACAUCAGCGAUAUUUUCUUUGACUGAAUAUUGGGUAGUUUGGAGAUUUCCAGCUGUGUUUCCAGCUGCGGCUUAGCAGGCCGAAGAGAGGCUUCUCCCACUUCCUGGUUCAGCGACAGGACUCCCGGGAGUCAUCGGCCGUGUGACACCCGCCGGUUUGUGUCUUGUCCGCCGGGAUGGCGGUGACCCCUCGGCGGGUCCGCCUGAAGCCCUGGCUGGUCGCUCAGGUGGACAGCGCGCGAUACCCGGGCCUGGUGUGGAUUGACCGCGAGGCCAUGCGCUUCAGGAUCCCGUGGAAACACGCCACACGGCACACACCCCAGCACGAGGACGAGGACACCAUAUUUAAGGCGUGGGCCGUGGAGACCGGGAAGUUCCAAGAGGGAGUCGAUGAACCUGAUCCUGCAAAGUGGAAAGCUCAGCUUCGAUGUGCCCUGAACAAAAGCAGAGAAUUCAACCUGGUCUUCGAUGGCACCAAAGAGAUUCCCAUGAAUCCUUUGAAGAUAUAUGAUGUCUGCGACAUCCCAAUGCCCUCCAUUAACCAAUCCUCCUCAGAGGCUGGUUCUUGGACUCCACAUGAGGAGGAUGGUGUUGAGGAGGAUAUUCCAGAUACCCCAGAAUCUCUCCCUCCAUACCCAUCCAACGGCACCAGUCCCUCCCCUCGAAUUAUGUGGUCUCCAAGCUCUGAGUCGCAGCCUUCCAGUUGUCCCCCUUCAAAUGAGCUCUGGCCCAAAGAGGAGUCUGUCGAAGUUUGGCCCAAAGAGGAGCCUGCAGAUGUGGAGAUGCACCCAGCGGUGCCUCCUGCACCGCUGCCCGAUCACUCGAUGCCGCAGCAUCCUUUAACUGACACUUUCUUUGCCUCUCCAGAGAUGUGGAUCAGUUCCCUCCCGAUGACCGACCUGGAGGUGCAGUUCCAUUACAGAGGGAAGGAGAUGUGUCCCACAGCGACAGUCAGCAAUCCGCAGGGCUGCAGGCUGUUCUACGGGGACCUGGGCCCCAUGGUCAACCAGGAGGAGUUGUUUGGGCCGGUGAACCUGGAGCAGCUACGCUUUCCGUCCACGGAGCACAUCACCAACGACAAGCAGAGGGUUUUCACUAACCGCCUGCUGGACGUGAUGGACAGAGGCCUCAUCCUGGAGGUCAGCGGUCAUGAUAUCUAUGCAGUGCGCCUGUGCCAGUGCAAGGUGUACUGGUCCGGUCCCUGCGCACCAAACCCAGCGGCUCCGAAUCUUAUUGAGCGCCAGAGGAAGAUUAAACUCUUCUGCCUGGAGUCUUUUCUCAGUGGAGUAAUAUCCCACCAGCGUGGCCAGACGCCAAGCCCUCCACACUUUGAAAUUAACCUGUGUUUUGGAGAGGAGUGGCCUGAUGGGAGACCCAUAGAGAGGAAACUUAUCAUGGUUCAGAUCAUUCCUGUGGUAGCUCGCAUGAUAAGCGAAAUGUUCUCUGGAGACAACACGCGGUCCUUUGACAGUGGCAGCGUUCGCCUGCAGAUCUCCAUUCCAGACAUCAAAGACAACAUCGUUACCCACCUGAAGCAGCUAUACUGCCUGCUGCAGACCCACCAGGGCCAGGACGGCUGGGCACUGCCCCCCGGUCCAGGAUUGAACAUCGUCCAGGCGCUGCAGGCACAAUGAACUAACAUAUUACGUGGCGAACUAAUAUAUAACACGAACAUCACCGUAGGAUACACAAUGCUAGUGGGAGUUACCCACCACUAGCUAAGAAGUACAUGCGUGUGAUCGUGUUUAGAAGUGUGUGUACUUUAGGAGUCUUAUGCUUUUCACUAGUAAUGUUCUAUGACGAGGCUUUUCUGUAUAUAAAGUAAUGCCCUCAAUCUUGCAUCACUAUGGCUUGUGUGUGUGUGUGCCGGUACCGAUAGACGGAUGUGGCGACUGCAUUGGCCAAAGUCCUAACUCGCUGACAUGGAACACUUUGCAUAGUUAAUAAGUUACAGGAAUCUCACGGUGCCUUAUUUGACCAUAACUGGUCAGUGAUUACCAAGCUUUCCUCGAGUGAAGAUACCGUGCAUAAUACCUUUUUUAUCUUGAGACCUGUCUGGUUGUCUGGCCUGCAGUUUUGUCUUCAGUGUAUUUUUUUUCAUUAAUUUGUUUUAGGUUGUUUUUGAUUUGUUGUUGUUUUUACUUCAUUUAUUAUUACCAGGAAAUCAUUUGACUUAACAGCAUUCAACUACUCUAUUAUCUGGUUUAAUAUAGAUGUCACUGCUAAAUCAUGUUUUAAAUUUAGCAGAAUUAAUCGGUUGUAUGAUUUAUAUUGUCAAUAAAUUAAAAAAAAAAGCACAAAUAACAUGGAUGUUAAGGAAUUGCAUUUUGGGCAUGGUGACCUAAAGGAGGGAAAUAUAUCAGCUUUGUGCUUUGCCUUCCUGUACAAACUGUUUACUUUGUGCUCCAGCUGAAGCACA